GCGCUGCGAGUGUAUUCUGUGUUCCCUCUCUGUGUGUUCUCGGUGUUUUGUGCGCUGUGAGUGUUCGAGUGUGUGUCUGGGAGGGUCAUCAGUGAACUGCGCAGCUCUGAUCAUUCCCAGCAGCAGCAGUACAGCAGUGAACACAGUGCGGAUCUGCUGUGCUUCCGUGUGUUUCUGCAUGAUGAGGGAUGUUUGCUGAACACUGAGCCAUGCUGACGGAGCUGCAGAUGGGCCGGAGACGCUCCUCUGCACCGCUUCUGCUUCUGUUUCUGUGCUGCACUCCGGUCUCGGGCUCUGUGCUGGAUGAUCUGAUCUACAAACGCAGUGAAUAUCAGGAGAACUGCACUCGAUUCCUCACAGCCACUCUCCCUGCUGGAACUGGAACUUUCUGCAAUGGGACAUUUGAUGUUUUUGCCUGUUGGCCUCAUUCAUCUCCUGGGGUCGUCUCUGUACCCUGUCCUCCUUAUUUACCCUGGAUCAGAGAAGGUGCUACUGGAAACGUCUAUAAGGAAUGCACCGUCAACGGCACUUGGAAAACUGAGGAGAACUCCUCCAGCGUAUGGAGAAAUCAGUCAGAGUGCGAAAACCAUUAUUUUUUCAAGUCCGAGGAGGAAGAGGUGUUCCGGCAGUCUGUGCUGAGAGUGCUGUCCAUUGUUGGAUAUUCGCUGUCGUUUUCUUCUCUGUGUUUGGCUGUUCUGAUCAUGAGUCUGCUGAGGAAGCUUCACUGUACGAGGAACUACAUCCACAUCAAUCUCUUUGUAUCGUUCAUGUUCAGAGCAAUAGCAGUGAUCACUAAAGAGGUUAUAUUACAAGUCGCCUACUCUAACCUGCCCCGGGACGAAGUGGGAUGGAACAGCUACACCAAAUCUGCGAUCUCCUUCAUCUGCAAGGCGUCGAAGGUUUCUCUGGAGUAUUUUGUGGGCUGUAAUUAUUUCUGGCUGUUGGUGGAGGCCGUGUUCCUGCACACGCUGCUGUUCACCGCCGUCCUCACCAGGAAAACUCUGCUGAAGAAGUACAUCUUCAUCGGGUGGGGAACUCCUCUACUGUUCGUGAUUCCCUGGACUGUCGCCAAAACACUGUAUGAAAAUAAAAGCUGUUGGAUGAAUAACAUCCGCUGGAUCUGGUGGAUCAUCAGAGGCCCGAUCACACUAUCAGUGAUUGUAAUCUUCUGCAUUUUUCUGAAGAUCAUCAGACUGUUGUUGUCCAAGUUAAAGGCCGACCAGGUGAAGUUCACCGACUACAGAUACAGUUUAGCUCGAGCCACACUGGUGUUGAUUCCUCUGCUGGGCGUCCACCAGAUCGUCUUCACCCUGAUUAUUGAUGAAUCAGUGGAGGGAAGCAACCGAUACGCUCGAAACUUCGUCCAUCUGACCCUCAGCUCCUUCCAGGGUCUGAUAGUUGCGGUGCUGUACUGCUUCGCUAAUGGAGAGGUGCAGGCGGAGCUGAAGAAGCGCUGGCAGCUCUUGGUUUCCUCCAGUAGCUUCGAGGUUCACAGCUGUUUCUCAGACAUUCACCCGAAACACCUGUGGAAGUUCUCACAGAAGAGUCCUAGGCCACACCCACAACACACAGACACCAAUGAGGAGGGAGACCAGGACACCUCACAGCCACACCCACUGCAGCUCGACCAAUCAGCAGAGGCGGUGGCCUGUGGGCGGAGCUCGGGCCUGGAGCUGUACAUGAGGAAGAGUCUGUCCAGCAGUGACGGAGAAAUGACUUUAGGAGAAACCAUGGAGGAGAUCAUCGAGGAGAGCGAGUUCUAGGGUGAAUAUUUAUACUGCAGCACUGUAAAUGGCCUUGGUACCUGGCUUUUGUACAUAUGUGUAUAAUGUAAUGUGAUGCCAUGAAGGAGCUCAACAAUUUAAGCUUAGAAAGGUCAUAAUUGCUCAAGUUAUCCCCAGCUAAACCAGCCCACGUGAACAUAAAUGCUUUACUAGUUUAGAGUAAAUACUGUUUUGAUCAAUCCUAUAGUAAAGUGUAUUAUACUGUAUAUAGUAUUAAUCUGCAGCCUACUGUAGUAUUAACUUGUGUUUCAGUAGCAACUAUAGAAUCCAAUAAUAUCCAUCUGCAGACCCACAAACGUUUCAGGCACACACGAUCCAGACAAACCAUACAAGGUUAUGACGGAUGUUAAUGUUGUUAACGUCUUCUCGGACAUUUUCAUAUAUAUUUUCAAUAAAUAUUGUACACAAUAAGCACAGAUUUAUUCACAAAUAAAUCGAUCCCUCCGUUAGACCACCUUGGUCCCACAUUCAUUUCGAAGGAGUGCUACCCUGUACUAAAAUGGCGGCUCUGUUAUCACAUUCCUUCUAAAAGAUACUAAUAGCGUGGGCAACAUCUAAUGUAAAUAUCGAUGGCAGAUCAAUUACUAUAGUUAAUGUGUUUCCAUAGCAACUGUAGAAUCACAGCAACAGAUCAGUUAUUGUAGUUAUUUUGUUACCUUAUCAACUGUGAAAUCACCACAGCAGAAUAAUUACUGUAGUUGUUGUUACCAUAGCAACUGUAGAAUUACCAUA